AUGCCCCACAAUCUGAAUCAAAGAGGAUGGGUAAAGGAGAGGUUCGGGACGAAACCAGAGUGGAUCUGCGGCAAAGCGGAGCCUCCGGAGGUAGGGCGGCUUGUGCUGUGCCGUCAUUUCGGAUUCCCGACCGAAGAAAGAAGGUUUCAGUUUCAUUCAACCAACUAUCUUUUUGAAGCAGAUAGUUCACAGUGCUUUUAUUCAUUCUAUAGAGACUGUCAAAGCCAACUCAUGUUUUCACUCCAUUUUCAUUACGAAGAUGUAUCACGUCAAGAUCCGUUGCUCAAACCGAAUCACGCCAACGUUAUGGAAGUUCCUGGAUCGUGUGAAAUAAGAGUAGUACCAAAGGCACCCUAUAAUUUCAUAAUUCAAAAUGGAAAAUUGGCUAUGGAGAUUCCGCGCGGUCAGAAAAAAAUACAGACACAAAGGGGUUCGACAGGAAAGUCGUUUCGAUCCAAUCUAUUCUUGGGGUCAAAUAAAGACAAAGGAUAUGUCAGUGACCUGGCACGCCAAAGCACUCUCCGAGGGCAUGGAAUGUCUAAUUUUUCGGUCAGAAUCGCGAUAGUAAUGUCUCUGUUAGAUUCUCCGGUCGAAAUACGGGAAAACUCCAUUCAAUUCUCGAUGGAAACGGAGUUUUGCGAAUUCUCCCCAGAACUGGAAGAUCAUUUCGAGGUCUUCGAACAUAUUCGAGGGUUCAAUGUGACUAUUGUCACUUCGGCCAACACACAAGAUGAGACUUUACCACCGUGGAGCGGCUUUUUGCAGGGGGAAGGACUCAGCUCUUUGAAAGCUUUCACCUCGACUAGAAGAUAGAAGAAAGAAGCCUAGAAGCAAGCACAGGCCUUACCUUCCGCCUUGUCCUUAGAUAGAAGAAGAACAGGAGAAAGAAGAAUGGAAAUAA